AGGCCCUUCACCAGAAUGAGGAAGGAGGGCCCAGCAGGUUGCUGCCGGUGCCCCGACUGCGUGCUGGCAGGCAGGCGUUCCUUGGGGCCGCCCCGCCCUCCCUGGGUGCCCACCUCAUCUCGUGCCACCCACAGCCUGUCUGGCCAGGCCCGGGCAGGUCUGAGGAUGGGUGGGGAGCCCUGAGCCUCACCCCCUCUCUCCGCCGCCGCCUCCGCCCGCCCCGCCCUGGGCCCGGCACUCAGGCCUCGCUGAGCUGGGCCCUCCUGGUGCCUGAGGCUGAGAAAUCGGGGGUCCCUGAGGGGGUCCCCGGAACCGGCCGGGUGGGGGUGCCCUCCCCAGGGGGGCCGGGGCCAUGCCCCCUGGCGCCCUCUGAGCCCCGACCAUGGCCCGCUCGCUGACCUGGCGCUGCUGCCCCUGGUGCCUGACGGAGGAGGAGAAGACGGCGGCCCGGAUCGACCAGGAGAUCAACCGGAUCCUCUUGGAACAGAAGAAGCGGGACCGCGGGGAGCUGAAGCUGCUGCUGCUGGGCCCCGGGGAGAGCGGGAAGAGCACGUUCAUCAAGCAGAUGCGUAUCAUCCACGGGGCCGGCUACUCGGAGGAGGACCGCAAGGGCUUCCGGCCCCUCGUCUACCAGAACAUCUUCGUCUCCGUGCGCAACAUGCUCGAGGCCAUGGAGCGGCUGCAGAUCCCCUUCAGCCGGCCCGAGAGUAAGCACCACGCCAGCCUGGUCAUGAGCCAGGACCCCUACAAGGUGACCACCUUCGAGAAGCACUACGCCGUGGCCAUCCAGUGGCUGUGGAGGGACGCGGGGGUCCGGGCCUGCUACGAGCGUCGGCGCGAGUUCCACCUGCUCGACUCCGCCGUGUACUACCUGUCCCACCUGGAGCGGAUCACGGAGCCUGACUACAUCCCCACGGCACAGGACGUGCUCCGCAGCCGCAUGCCCACCACCGGCAUCAACGAGUACUGCUUCUCCGUGCAGAAAACCAACCUGCGGAUCGUGGACGUCGGGGGCCAGAGGUCAGAACGUAAGAAGUGGAUCCACUGCUUCGAGAAUGUGAUCGCGCUCAUCUACCUGGCCUCGCUGAGCGAAUACGACCAGUGUCUGGAGGAAAACAACCAAGAGAACCGGAUGAAGGAGAGCCUGGCCCUGUUUGGCACCAUCCUGGAACUUCCCUGGUUCAAAAGCACCUCCGUCAUCCUCUUCCUCAACAAAACCGACAUCCUGGAGGAGAAGAUCCCCACCUCCCACCUGGCUACCUACUUCCCCAGUUUCCAGGGCCCCAAGCAGGACGCGGAGGCGGCCAAGAGCUUCAUCCUGAACAUGUACGUCAGCAUGUACGCCAGCUGCGUGGACGGCGCCGACGCUGACCGGAAGGGCCCGCGCUCCCGGCGCCUCUUCAGCCACUACACGUGCGCCACGGACACGCAGAACAUCCGCAAGGUCUUCAAGGACGUGCGGGACUCGGUCCUGGCCCGCUACCUGGACGAGAUCAACCUGCUGUGACCCAGGCCCCACCGCCCCCGGGCUCGGACCCCCGCGCAGCAGGCGACACCUGCGGGCAAGCGGGCAGGAGGCGCGCCCGGAUGACCCUGGUGGCUCCAGGCUCAGGGGGCGGAAGGGCCGCCAGGGAGUCGGAGAUGGAAGGCUGGUCGCCGCCCCGACCCUUCUCUGCCCGUCGCCAGGACAGAUCCCGGGGUCUCCCUCCCUUGACUCAGUUUACCCCCUUGGGGAGGGAGCAUUUGGGAUGGCAGGGUGGAGGAAGAGGUGAAGAGAGCGGGGGACCGAGAACUUGGUGGGUGGAGGACAGAGCCCCACAGCCAGGUAUGUCCCCUCCUGGGCGGGGGUAUGUCCCCUCCUUGGGACCCGCCUGGGGGUGACGCAAGCUCUCUGGAAUGGGGAAAGUGGUCCUUCAGGGGGAGGGAUGCGGACUCUUGCGCCCCCUGGCGGACAGGAGGCGACAUCUCCCAGCCUGAGAUCUGGGUAUGGCCCGCACUUCCCUUUUCUUGGGGGGGGGGAAGAGACACCCCCGGAAGACGCUGUCCCUUUCAGAGCCUCGUGGCUCAAAGUGUGUCCUGACCCGGUUUGCAGAAGAGGGACACCGAGGCCCACAGGCCUCCCCGCUCCUUCCCUGGCUGGGAUGCAGGCACGCUGCGUCUUACAUCCUUCUCUAUUUAUUCUCUCACCUUCUGCGGGCCCCUUGCCCGGUGGACAUUAAAGGAAUGACAUUCUGGAGACCUAUGA